GCUUAUAGGCGGUUCAGCAUCGAACCCCGGGGGGCAUGGCGGACUCUUGUGAGAAGUCUGCAGAGCAUGGGAGCUACGGGGAGGAUCCUGACUCCGCGGAGGCCCCGACCCGGUUUCGGGACACCCCGGAAGACAUCGUGUUGCAAGCCCCGGCCAGCGGUCUGGCGUUGCAUCCGGCCCGCGACUUAUUGGCGGCGGGGGACGUGGACGGGGACGUCUUCGUCUUUUCCUACUCCUGCCAAGAGGGAGAAACCAAGGAGCUCUGGUCCUCAGGGCACCACCUCAAGUCCUGCCGGGCUGUGGUCUUCUCUGAAGAUGGGCAGAAACUUGUCACUGUCUCCAAGGACAAAGCCAUCCACAUUCUUGAUGUGGAGCAGGGCCGACUGGAAAGACGCAUUUCUAAGGCUCAUGGGGCCCCUAUCAACACUCUGCUGCUGGUGGAUGAGAAUGUUCUGGCCACUGGGGAUGACACAGGUGGUGUCCGGCUCUGGGACCAGCGGAAGGAGGGCCCCUUAAUGGAAAUGCGACAGCAUGAAGAGUACAUCGCUGACAUGGCUCUGGACCCGGCUAAGAAGCUGCUAUUGACAGCCAGUGGGGAUGGCUGCCUUGGCGUUUUCAACAUCAAGCGGCGCCGGUUUGAGCUGCUGUCAGAGCCUCAGUCUGGGGACCUGACCUCUGUCACCCUCAUGAAGUGUGGGAAGAAGGUGGCCUGUGGCUCCAGUGAAGGUACCAUCUACCUCUUCAACUGGAAUGGCUUUGGGGCCACGAGUGACCGCUUUGCCCUGAGAGCUGAGUCCAUCGACUGCAUGGUUCCAGUCACUGAGAGUCUGCUGUGCACUGGCUCCACUGAUGGAGUCAUCAGGGCUGUAAACAUACUACCGAACCGAGUGGUGGGCAGUGUAGGCCAGCACGCUGGGGAGCCCGUGGAGGAGCUGGCUCUCUCCCACUGUGGCCACUUCCUGGCCAGCAGUGGCCAUGACCAGCGCCUCAAGUUCUGGGACAUGGCCCAGCUGCAGGCUGUGGUGGUAGAUGACUACCGUCGGCGCAAGAAGAAGGGAGGGCCACUGCGAGCCCUGAGCAGCAAGGCCUGGAGCACCGAUGACUUCUUUGCAGGGCUGAGGGAGGAGGAAGAGGAUUCCACGACACGUGGGGAAGAGAGUGAGGAGGACAGUGACUGAGGGGAUGAGCCGACUCUCAGGACAGGUCCUCACUCACAGGACAAGAAUAGUGGCUUUCUGGGCUUGAUCCUGAGAGGCUAUAUAUUUAUAAUACCUUUGUGCAGCUGGUUCCUGGGUAUCGCAAAUGGAUUGCAUUCAAGUGCUAACCUAAAGGUUGGCAGUUCAAACCCACUCACUGGUACGGUGGAAGGCAGGGCUGGGAAUAUGCUUCUGUAAAGAUUACAGCCAAGAAAAUCCUAUGAAGCAAGCUACUCUGUAAGACAUGGGUCGACAUGAGUCAGAACUGACUUAUCGACAAGGGGUAUGUUUUCACUGUGCAGCUCAGAAGAUGCAUAGACACAGACCCGGGACUCAGGGCAAUGCUGUAGGGAAGGGUCCUUGCCCCAUAACAGCUGCUCACUCUACCAGUGUGAUGAUAAGCUCUCAGCUGGGGCAAAAUGGCACAGACACAAGUGUACACCAACUAGGGGUUUAAUAUAAAUACAACCAGCAUAGAAAAACACGAAACUAUACAUAAACCAAAACCAGAAUGCCAGGUGGUGGAGGCAAAGGGCAGAUUUUCUGAUCCUUUGGCUCAGCUAGUCCCCAAAUAAAAUCUAACCAAAAUGACAGAUUAAGAAAAUGAGAAACGAAGAUUCAUGCUAAGCUGUGGGAAGGAGGGAGAAGAACGUGUGUGUGUCACACGGGGAAUUGCCAAGGAAGACCACCAAGUCAGGUUAGACCCUGGGUUGGGAGCAGGGCCAGAUCCUUCAUCACAACUUAGCUAAGCCUGAGCUGCCCCCAGGUGCUAUGGGGCUCUGCCCCUCUCCAUUUUGGGCUUAGAUGGUGGCCACCCAGGCCUGCUGGGCUGGGGACUGAUACAGGCUCUGCCUACCCAUUCAGG